AAUUUCAAGGUAUUAAAUCUUAGAGAAAUGGCUUUCAUUCAUUUGGAUAUCAGAUGUCUAUAUACCCUUCUUAUCUGCACAGCUUUUGGCUCUACUUUGUCUUCAAAUGCUGAGAUAAAAGUUAAUCCUCCUCAGGAUUUUGAAAUAGUGGACCCUGGAUAUUUAGGUUAUCUCUAUUUGCAAUGGCAACCUCCAGUGUCUCUGGAUAAUUUUAAUAAAUGCAUUGUAGAAUAUGAAUUAAAAUAUCGAAAUGUUGACAGUGAAAACUGGAGGACGAUCAUCACUAAGAAUCUACUUUACAAAGAUGGGUUUGAUCUUAACAAAGGUGUUGAAGCAAAGAUACACGCACUUCUGCCAAGGCAAUGCACAAAUGGAUCAGAAGUUCAAAGUUCAUGGUCAGAAGCUACUUACUGGAUAUCAUCACAAGGAAAUCUGGACACUAAAAUUCAGGAUAUGGAUUGUGUAUAUUACAACUGGCAAUAUUUACUCUGCUCUUGGAAACCUGGCAUGGGUGCCCACUUGGAUAGCAACUACAGCUUAUAUUACUGGUAUGAGAGCUUGGACCAUGCGUUAGAGUGUAUUGAUUAUAUCCAGGCUAAAGGAAAAAAUAUUGGAUGCAGAUUUCCCUACUUGGAGUCAUCAGACUAUAAAGAUUUCUACAUCUGUGUUAAUGGAUCAUCAGAAUCCCAAUUAAUCAGACCCAGCUAUUUCAUUUUUCAGCUUCAAAAUAUAGUUAAACCUUUGCCACCAGACUACCUUAGUCUUACUAUGAAGAAUUCAGAAGUCAACCUGAAAUGGAGCAUUCCCAGAGGACCUAUUCCAGCAAAAUGUCUAAUUUAUGAAAUUGAGUUCACAGAAGAUGAUACUGCCUGGGUGACUACCACAAUUGAAAAUGAAAUAUACAUCACAAGAACAUCAAAUGAAAGUCUCCAAUUAUGCUUUUUAGUAAGAAGCAAAAUGAAUAUUUAUUGUGCAGAUGAUGGAAUAUGGAGUGAGUGGAGUGAUGAACAGUGCUGGAAAGGUGACAUAUGGAAGGAAAUCUUACUAUUUUUCUUGGUACCGUUUGUUCUUGUCUCAUUAUUUGUUUUGGUAGUUACUUGUAUACUUUUAUAUAAGCAAAGAAAUUUAUUGAAAAUGGUUUUUCAUACCAAAAAAAGAAGACCUUUCUAA